CUCACAGAAACAAAGUGCUCUGAAACAGAGGUUGAGCAGCUGUGUGUGCGCUGCAACAUGGCUGUCUCGUCUUUGACGGGCUCACUUGGCAGUUCUCGACUGCUUCAUUCAACCCUUCAGCGGGGCAAUAGGCCGCUUGCACCUGCUUGAGUGCGAUAAUCGAGCUGGCACCUACAACUUUCCUACACCUCAGAUUGCACCACCUGGGAGCUGCAACUUUCAGCAAUUGGAUCUGUGCAACUGCCAGCUGGAAGUCUUGUCAAAUUGUCCAGAUUAAUGAGCAAUGCAUUGUUCUGGUUGGAAGAACUUUGACAUAGUUAGAAAAAGCAGCUGAUCGACAGCAUGUUUGAGCUGCCGCUGCUGGCGGCAGGCUCUCCCCGGCAGCCACCGGCUUAUCUCCAUUCAUGGAGAUCCGUCCUGCUGCUCCUGGUGUUCGUGGAUCUUAUGGCUGCGGGCAUGGUGAUGUCUAUGCUGGUUCCUCUGAUGAAGGAACUAGGCGCGACCCCUUUCCAGUUGGGCUUGAUCUCCAGCACAUAUGGCGCCCUGCAGCUCACGAGUGGGCCUAUGGUGGGCUUACUCAGUGACCGCAAAGGCCGUCACUUUAUCAUCGUGGCCGCAUACCUUGGUACUGCCAUUGGCUACGGCUUGGUUGGCUUCAGCCGCAGCCUAGAGGUCCUGUUCUUGAGCCGAGUUAUCACGGGCCUGGUGCGCCACUCCAGCAACGGCGUAAAGGCGUACAUCUCGGACCGCGUGUCCCGGUCCGAACGGUCCGUUGAUUUCGGACGGAUGGCCACCGCCUCGGGGCUAGGAUUCAUGGUGGGACCCAUGCUGGGGGGCUUCUUGCACAGAUACGGCGGACAGCGCCUCCCCGGCUGCCUCGCCGCGCUCCUCUUCCUCUGCAACGCCACACUCGCCUCCUACUUCCUCCCAGCUUUCCCGGGCCCGACCUCGGACAAAGGGGGUCCAGAAAGCCCGUUCCCGUCCCCCCUACCGCCGCGAAUUCGUUCCUGGCACGCGCGUCUGGAAUCCGUGCUUCCGCAAGCUGCGGUCUUGCGGCGGCCAAAAGUGGGUGCGCUUUUGGCGGUGCGCGCGGUGUUGGGUCUUGCUGUGCAAGUGUUUCGGGAGGGUUUCACGACCCUCGUGUUGUACCGGUUUGAGCUGGACGCGCGGCAAAACGGGAUGCUCAUCUCUUACCAGGGUUUCCUAACCACGCUCGUUCAAGGCUUCGCCAUUCGUCCCCUCGUCGCGUCAUAUCCCAAGGAGGGGUUCCUCAUCCAGGCCGGCAUUACGUCACUUGGCCUUGCUUACGUGGCAGCCUCCCUGGGCCCCUCGAUCCGGUCGCUCGUCGUGCUGUUGGCGCCCGUCGCGCUCGCGGGGGGUGUCGUGAGAACCACCUUCACGGCCCUGCUGACGUCAGCGGUGCCAUCCUCGGAGGUCGGUCAGUUAUUGGGUUUGGCGGACACGCUGAUGUCCACGUGUCGAGUUUUGGGACCGACUCUAGCGGGGCUGUUGGUGACGCGGCUAGGCACGACGGCGCCCGGCUUUGUCAGCGGUAUGCUGGUGCUGCUAGCGGGGGUCCUCUUCCGAGCCCUAGGCUGCGGCCAGCCGUCGCCCAGAAAAGAGAAAGACAUACCAUAGGCGAAAUGACGGAUACUUGCCGUGCUUGCGAAAGAUGGUGCAUUAGUUCCACUAAUCGAGCCUUUGAUUGGACAGUCUACGAGAGGAAAGAAAUCACAGGACAGCCAGCGUUCCUAGAAGUCAACGAAGUCUACAGAUGAGUCUGAUGCCAGUGAGCACGCGUAGCAGCUGUCGUCUUGCUGGGUAAGCGGCCCCCAAGACUAGCAGUGACACGGUCGAAACGCCAGGACUUUGACGGAAGGGUAAAUGCCUCUGACAAAUCUGAAUCUGUUCAGAGUCAUAGGCCAAUCAUUUGGGGACAAUCCGAAUACAGGCCCUGCAUGCAGGGAACAAGUACUGCAUAUUCAUACACAGAGCGUGAAGUGUGGCGGGGCAAUGACUUGGUUUCUUAAGCAUAACGGAGUAUGGAACAAGGGU